AUGAAGAUUGUCUGUAUUGGUGCAGCUCCGACAGGUCUUGGAGCAGCCUAUCGUCUCAACGAGCUCAUCCAACAAAAAGCUGAAGAAACGGAAAAUGUUGAGAUCGUUCUUUUUGAACAGGAAUCUUAUGCUGGAGGACUUGCAUGCACUGUCAAAGACGACAAUGGCUUCUUGUGGGAUAUGGGCGGACAUAUCACUUUCAAUCAUAAUUUCCCUUACUAUGAAAAAGCUGUUCGUUGGGCUGUAGAAGAUUGGAAUAGCUUGGCAAGAAACUGCAUGGUUGACAUGAACUAUCUCUAUGGAGAGAAGGGAAUUCACCUGGUUCCUUACCCAGCCCAAUAUGCUGUCCCCCUCUUUCCUGAUGAGAUUAAGAACAACUGCUUAGCUGAUUUGAAAGAACGAUAUGAGAAUGAGCCUAAAGGAUUCCCUGAGAACUUCGACGAAUGGGUUCUUCAACACUUCGGUCCAACAAUCUUGAAAAGCUUUUUCAAGCCGUAUACACGCAAAGUAUGGACUGUCGACCCAGUGAAGAUGUCUCCAAAUUGGGUUGGAACUCGCGUUGCCAAAUUACCCCAGGCUAAACUCGAAGAGUUGUGUGCCUUGGACCAAGACGAGCUUGCGAAUGCCGAUUUCGGUUGGGGUCCAAACUCCUGCUUCACGUUCCCUAAGUACGGAGGUACUGGUAACGUUUGGGGCUCAAUGGCUAAGAAGUUGCCUUCAACUUGGUUCAAGUUCAACACCAAAAUUGUGGGAGUAAAUCCUAAGGAAAAGACUGUUAAUUACAUAGAGAAAGGUUCAGAUGAGGUGAAGACGAUGGAAUACGACGUUCUCCUCAAUGCUGCGCCAAUUGAUAUUCUCAUUAAGGAGACAAAGCUCUGCUCUGAAUUAGAAGUUCUUCAUAACAAAGUCUUUGUUGUAGGAAUUGGUUUGAAAAAACCAAUGACAGAGUUUCUGGAGAACUUCACUUGGCUAUACUUCCCCGAUAAGAACGUACCAUUCUUCCGCGUCACAAUUCUCAGUAGAUACGGAGAGGUAACACCUGAUGGCGAUAAGUACUGGUCAGUUAUGUGCGAAUGUGCUCGCCCUAUCGACGAUACGGACACUGAAGAGCAAGUUGUUGAACAAGCCAUAAACGGCCUGGUAGUCAAGAGCAUGAUCAAGAGAGAGGCAAUUGCUUCUGUUUAUUCUACGACUCUACCAUACGGAUAUCCUAUCCCAACUACAAACAGAGAUACGGAGUUAGCUAGAGCUCACCGUGAAUUGGAGAAGCACUCCAUUUACUCUCGCGGACGAUUCGGUGGUUGGAAGUAUGAAGUAUCUAAUCAGGACCACUGUUUCGUACAAGGCAAAGAAUUCAUUGACCGCGUCGUUCUUAACGAGCCAGAGAAGUUAUACAAAACUGGACUUACUUCCAAGCAAGGUUAA